AACACAUGUGGGCAAACCCUCGCCUUUCGUAUAAAUCGUCCUCAUCUCCACUACCGUCAACUCCGCACCUCCCCGCUUUCUCGUAGUCGGCCUUUUCCUCCUUUCCCCCUACUCCACCUCAGCUCCCUUCCGGCGGCUUCCGGCGCCAUGGAGUCCGUGAGCGAGUGGGGUCUCUCGCCGCUCUCCGUCGUGGAUCCGGAGAUCCACGAUCUCAUCGAGCACGAGAAGCGGCGGCAGUCGCAUGGCAUCGAGCUCAUUGCCUCCGAGAAUUUCACCUCCUUCGCCGUCAUCGAGGCUCUCGGAAGCGCCCUCACCAACAAGUACUCCGAGGGCAUGCCCGGCAAUCGCUACUACGGCGGCAACGAGCACAUCGACGCCAUCGAGAACCUCUGCCGCUCCCGUGCCCUCUCCGCCUACCGCCUCGACCCCGCCAAGUGGGGCGUCAACGUCCAGCCGUACUCCGGCAGCCCGGCUAACUUCGCCGCCUACACCGCCAUCCUCAACCCUCACGACCGCAUCAUGGGCCUCGAUCUCCCUUCCGGUGGCCACCUCACUCACGGCUACUACACCUCCGGUGGCAAGAAGAUCUCCGCUACCUCCAUCUACUUCGAGAGCUUGCCCUACAAGGUCAGCCCUGUGACCGGUUACAUCGACUAUGAGAAGCUCGAGGAGAAGGCCCUCGACUUUCGCCCCAAGCUCAUCAUCUGCGGUGGCAGCGCCUACCCCAGGGACUGGGACUACGCGAGGUUCAGAUCCAUCGCAGAAAAGUGCGGGGCCUUGUUGCUCUGCGACAUGGCUCACAUCAGCGGCCUUGUGGCCGCUCAGGAGGCUGCAAACCCCUUUGAGUUCUGUGAUGUGGUCACGACAACUACUCACAAGAGUCUCAGAGGACCUAGGUCUGGCAUGAUCUUCUACAGGAAAGGCCCUAAGCCUCCAAAGAAGGGACAGCCGGAAAAUGCUGUUUAUGAUUUUGAAGACAAAAUCAAUUUUGCAGUGUUCCCAGCUCUCCAAGGUGGCCCUCACAAUCACCAGAUUGCUGCUCUGGCUGUGGCCUUGAAGCAGGCCAUGUCACCUGGAUUCAAGGCAUAUGCCAAGCAGGUGAGAGCCAAUGCUGUUGCUCUUGGGAAUUAUCUGAUGAGCAAGGGCUACAAGCUUGUGACCGAUGGAACUGAGAACCACCUUGUCCUCUGGGAUCUUCGACCUCUUGGAUUGACUGGAAACAAGGUCGAGAAACUUUGUGAUCUUUGCAAUAUUACUGUUAACAAGAAUGCUGUUUUUGGUGACAGUAGUGCAUUGGCUCCUGGUGGUGUCCGAAUUGGCACUCCUGCCAUGACAUCACGAGGCUUGGUCGAGGAGGACUUCAAGCAGAUAGCAGAGUUCCUUCAUCAGGCAGUGACCCUUUGCCUGUGCAUUCAGAAAGAACAUGGGAAGCUUCUGAAGGACUUCAACAAGGGUUUGGUGAACAACAAAGACAUCGAGGAGCUGAAGGCAGCAGUUGAAAAGUUUGCUGCAUCAUUUGACAUGCCUGGCUUUCAAUUGCCCUCAACAUAAGACUUCAACAAGGGCUGGGUGAACAACAAAGACAGUGAGGAGCUGCAUCAAGGACUAGAACACCAUAGUUGUCAUGUAGCUCAUCUUCUACCAUCUCUUCUAUUUUGACUCUUUUGCUGUUGGUUUUGCUUGUUUUUUAUUAUGCAUUUGAACUGUUUGUUGUUUUCUUCUUAGGUGAUGUGCCCAUGGAAGGAGAAGAUAAUAAAUAUUGUAUGAGCAUGUACUUUGGAAGUAAUGAGUAUGGCAAUUAACCAUGUAAGACUGAUUCA